ACGCGCCAACCGCUCUAACGGCUCCCGGCGCGGGCGCCCUCCUCCCGCCCCUCGCGCCCCCUCACGGCGGGGCGUGGCCAGCACCGCCCGGCAGCAGCGGCGCCCCGUCCGCGCCGCGGGGCUCUGAGGCGCUGAGGUGGCCGUGCCCCGGCCAUGGCCGCGCUCGGAGCCUGGCUGUGCGGCGGCCGCCCCCUGCUCCUCCUCACCUGCUUCUUCGCGCCUGUGUUCGGCCAGCGCGGAGCCGGCCCUGCUGCCCGCGCCCCUUACGCGGGUGUAUCUGAACCUUCUUUUAUUGCUAAAAGUGAAGAUCGUUUGUUUAAACAUUUAUUUGAAGACUAUCAAAGAUGGGUUCGUCCAGUGGAACGCUUGAAUGACACAAUAAAAAUAAAGUUUGGCCUUGCAAUCUCUCAGCUAGUAGAUGUGGAUGAGAAAAAUCAAUUGAUGACAACAAAUGUCUGGUUGAAACAGGAAUGGACAGAUGUAAAAUUAAGGUGGAAUCCUGAAGACUAUGCUGGAAUAACAUCUAUUCGUGUCCCAUCAGAUUCUAUUUGGAUUCCAGAUAUUGUGUUGUAUGACAAUGCAGAUGGACGUUUUGAGGGAACAUCUACAAAAACUGUGGUAAAAUAUGAUGGCACCAUUGCUUGGACUCCACCAGCAAACUACAAAAGUUCUUGCACUAUUGAUGUAACCUUCUUCCCCUUUGACCUCCAAAAUUGCUCCAUGAAAUUUGGUUCUUGGACUUAUGAUGGCUCACAAGUUGAUAUAAUUCUUGAAGAUUAUGAUGUUGACAAAAGAGACUUUUUUGAUAAUGGAGAAUGGGAAAUAGUGACUGCAACAGGGAGCAAAGGAAAUAGGACUGAUGGAUGCUGCUGGUAUCCUUUUGUUACAUAUUCAUUUAUAAUUAGACGUUUGCCACUUUUUUACACAUUGUUUCUCAUUAUUCCUUGUAUUGGGCUUUCGUUUCUAACUGUCCUUGUCUUCUAUCUUCCUUCAAAUGAAGGUGAAAAAAUUUCACUUUGCACUUCAGUACUGGUAUCUUUGACUGUUUUUCUUCUUGUUAUUGAAGAGAUUAUUCCAUCAUCUUCUAAAGUUAUCCCUCUUAUAGGAGAGUACUUGGUGUUUACUAUGAUAUUUGUGACAUUGUCCAUUGUGAUAACUGUCUUUGCUAUCAAUAUUCAUCAUCGCUCUUCAUCUACACACAAUGCUAUGGCACCCUGGGUUCGCAAGAUAUUUCUUCACAAACUUCCCAAGCUGCUUUGCAUGAGAAGUCAUGUAGAUAGAUACUGUGCUCAGAAGGAGGAAACAGGAAAUACGAACGGAUCAGAAUCGUCUAGGAACACCUUGCAGGCAGCUCUAGAUUCCAUCCGAUAUAUUACAAGACAUGUUAUGAAGGAGAAUGAAGUUCGCGAGGUUGUUGAAGACUGGAAAUUUAUUGCUCAGGUUCUUGAUCGAAUGUUCUUAUGGACUUUUCUUCUGGUUUCAAUAAUUGGAUCACUUGUGUUAUUUAUUCCUGUUAUUCAUAAGUGGGCAAGUAUAAUAGUACCUAUGCAUAUAGGCAGUAUGAAUGCAUAAAAUAUUUUUGGAUCUGUUUCUUCCUAAUAUUGCUCUAGAGAGUAUUGCAGUAGUCCUAUUUCCAUGCACGUUCUUUGUAAGCAUGUUUCUGAUAGAUUUAAAAAAAAAAAAAACAAAACACAACAACAACAACAACAACAACAACAAAAAAAAAAAAACAGAAAAUUAUGUUUAUAUUAAAGCAUGGCAUCCCUAGGACACAUAGAAGUCAAUUUGCUUGUUCCCAGUCUACUAAGUUACUUGUAAAUCAGGUGAGAAUUAAAGGGACCUUCUCUAGCACUUGCAUGUGUGGUAUGUCAGAAAAGCAUACACUAACACCUAUUGUGAAAUAGAAGGAUUUAAAAAUUUUUAAUUAUGAUCACUGUAGUCCAAUUAUUAAAUUAAUAUAUAAAUUGUUAUAUUGAGUAUUAAAUAUUUGCAUAUAUUUACACAGUAGAGUUGCUUACUUCAAUUUACUAUAGUAUGCAAAGAAUUUUUAUCAGCUCUUUUGAAUGUGUUGUAAAAGUAUAAAGUUUCUACAGAGUAAAUUUAAAAUAAUAAUAAAAAAACCCAGUUAAACUUCCCGUAUAAGUAAAAAUAGCUAUUUGGCUAUGUUAUAAAUUUUCAGUGGAAGUUGCUGCUAAAUUUAAAACCUUGUAAAUGAUGUCAUACCAACAUGAAUGUUUAAUACAGUAAGCCUUAAAAUGUCUACAGGAUACAUGUAUGUCGAUACCUCUGUUUCAGCUAUGGAAAGGAAGACAAAGACAAUUAAAUGAGUUCCUGAGUUGCACAAGUAUUCUAAUGGACCAGAACAUUCAUAUUUCUUUAUUCUUGAUAAAGAAUUUGAUACAGUAUGUUGGUUGCAAACUUGUUAAUAAUUUCCUGCCUUUGUGUGCUUCUCAGAACUAAGUUUUUAAGCACAAGUAGAAGGAAUUUGGUGACUGCCUUUCUGAAGAAAAUGGGUUGAAAAUUAUUAUGCUGUUUAACCAAACACAGAUGAUUAAGUUUUCACACGUUUGUUAAACCAAGCUUAGAAAGCUACCUUUAAUAGGUUCUCGCUCAUAGAACCGUAUGUAAUUCUAAGCAGCGACGACUUAGAGCUUUUCAUACUUAAUUUUUUUAUGUGAGUGUUGAAAACUAACUUGCAACUUUUUAAUUAUUCCAUUAAAAUAUAUUCUUUAAAUACUGAUUUUAAAGUUCUUUACAUUCAUUCCAAUGACACCUUUCUUAAAAGCUUUAUUUCUGGAAGACACUCUAAAAUAGGUGGGGGUUUCCCUACACCAAAAUUCUGUCAGCGUACUUCAUAAUAUAGUUGCAUCGUGCAGGGCUAAUACAGUAAUGUCAAGCUAGAGCAAGUCUUGGGAAGUUUUUAUUUGCUUAAAUUACCACAUUAAUAAUAACAUGUUUAGGUGAGAAGUUUAAUGAAAUUGUGGUAUCUUUGAUAAUGUAAGUUUUUGUAGUGGUUAUGAAUUUGGAAAAUGGAUACAUAUUCCCUUCCCCCCUCCCUGUAUCUCCUUCAGACUACAGUUGUUUGGCACUGUAGUGAUGAUAGUACUGAUUGCUUAUGUCAUAACUUAUAUAUAAUUGAAUAUAUAUUUCAAAUUGGUUUCACCUGUAGGACAUUCUUGGGGCUUGUGUAGCUUUUUAAGGCUCACGAGUAGGGAAAUUAUGCCAGGCAAGCUUUUUUUUUUUUUUUUUUUUUCUUCUUUUUUUAAUAUCCAUCUAUAAAUAGUUCUGGUUGUAAACAGAGUAAGUCUUCUUCUUCAGUUCUGCAGUUACAUCUGGCAUUGUAUAUCCAUAUUUCCUCUAUUACCAUCAUAAUUAAUUUAAAAGGUCAAUUCGCAAAGAUUAUCUGAUAUAAUCCAUUAAUAUAAUAAUUUUAACUUUCUUAGUAUUAUUAAGAUUAAGCAAUGCAUCAGUGACUAUCUCUGUGUGGAAGUUGCAGAAAUACUUUAGCUAUCUUAUUUUCCUCUUCAAAUGCAGAAUGUUUUUUUUAUAGUCCUCCUUGGGUUUGAAUUACUGAAGUUUACUCUUACCUGAACAGAAUGCAAAGUAAGUAGAACUAUAGAGUGGCUAUAUAAAUUACCCUUUUUUAAACUCCCCACCUCAUUUUGGUCCCCUUUUUAAAUGACAUCUGUAGGCUGCCCAAUGAAACCAUGAGGACAUUGGCAACAUAUUGACCAGUGGAGUCCCAGUCUUUAUACUCGUAACUCACAAUUUUUGCAAAUGCAUGCCUUUCUUUUAGUCACUUCUAGAUUCUGAUCAUGGUAAAUACAGAUGAAAUAACAGACAAUAGAAUUCUUGGGGUCUUCAGCUUAUCAGGUGUGUCUGAAACAAAAUGAUUUUAAUAGACUCAGAAGGAUGGACCUUUACUUAUGUAACUUGUUUCUGAAUAUGUUGAACUGUAGCUAAUGCUACCUUAUAUAGGCCUUUGUCGCUCAGUCAAAAUAAAUGGAAAAAAAUGCACAGUU